UUCCUGGGAGUCUCCCAAAGAGGAGCAGCAGCUGCAGAGGUCGCUGCUAUCGGUGUCUGUCUCUCUCAGUUGUGUGUGUGGGAUGGUAACUCCACAUGCAAGGCACCCAGUGAAUCCCUGUCCAACGGGAAGGCGAGGAGACUAGAUCCCUGUCCCUGCGUGUGCUCACACAGCACAGCCUGCCCUGUUCCCCAACACCAAUCUCACAGCGUGCAGCAGACACCAUGGAAGCGUGCAUGUUGGUUCUGUGCUGCGGACUUGUUCAUCUGGCUGUUGCUGGAAAUUCUACUAAUAUGGAAAAAGAUGAGUUUUAUUAUGAUUAUGAGACUCUGCGGAUUGGAGGCCUGGUCUUUGCUGUCAUACUCUUUACUCUUGGGAUCCUGCUGAUCUUGAGUCGGAAAUGUCGUUGUAGCUUCAAUCAGAAGGCCAGAUCUCCCAGUGAUGAGGAGGCCCAAGCAGAAACCCUGAUCACCAACAAAGCAACAGAAGCAGCAGCCAAAAGACGUGGGAAUAAAGAUGAAACUGAAUCUGAGGAAGACGACAUAAAUCAAUUUAAUGGAUUAACAUACUGUCAUGGGACGGACCCAGCACUCAUUCUACCAACAACCCCUGUUGUUCCCCAAAUGUCCUGCCCUUCAACUCCACAGCAGCAGCUGAACCAUCAAGACUUGGAACACGUGAACCAAACUCUGUGCCGGGUCUUGAGAUCAGCAAGUAGAGAUCUCACCCGCUCAGUGUCAGUUUUACACACGCCCAGGGUUAUAACCAGAACAUUUUGCCACACUUGCUCGCUGACUCUCUGUCGCUUGUACAUCACCAGCAUCAUGACACACACUGACUUAUCCGACGCUCACUUCUCAUAUGAUUAUGAAACUGUUCGGAAGGGGGGCUUGAUCUUUGCUGUUGCUGCAUUCUUCGUGGGAAUAGCCAUUAUCCUGAGCAGAAAAUUCCGAUGCAGAGGCAAACCACCCAAACGAUCCCAGGGGGAGGAGGACCUUUAGCAGAUCUGAGGUUCGUGCUGUGGGACUGGACUGAACUCUGAAAGAAACGUCCACAAGAAAUAUCAUUGCAGGAGUAAAUUGUGAUGGUUAUGUUGUUGUCAUUAUCCUGACCAUCUGAUGGGGCUGGAAAUCUUUAGUUCCAUCCAAACUCUCAGUUAACAAAUGCCAAAUAUCCACAGAAAUUGUCCAUACCUCCCUGAGCUAUGAAGUUGGAGAGCCAUUGAAUUAACAUGUGGGAGGGGAAUAAAUGUAACCUGACCUUUAAUGUACUAUUUUUAUCUUAUAGAGUGUAACAGAGUGAUUCAGUGUCCAGUUUAAAAUCUCUGCCUCUGUUUAUAUUGUAUUAAACAGCUCACAGCAUUUAAAAGUGAUUAAACCUUCUGGAAACAGAAACUAUGCCACAA